AUGUACAGUGCAAAUGAACGACUGCAGGACAUUUCAGAUAUAACUAGAAAAUUAUGCAAGGUUAUAAUGUCCUCUCCCCACUUAGCACUUGAUACUGCUCUAAAUCAAACUGGGAUUAGAGUUUCACCGGAUAUAGUUGAGAAUGUUCUUAAGAGAUUUGAGAAUGCCGGUAUGGUGGCAUAUAGGUUCUUUGAAUGGGCUGGGAAGCAGCAAAAUUACUCACACAGCAUUAGGGCAUACCACACAAUGAUUGGAUCUUUGGCAAAGAUAAGGCAGUAUCAAAUCAUGUACCUGGUAAAUGCUAUGAAGAAAAAGGAGAUGCUAAAUGUUGAGACCUUUUGUAUUAUUAUGAGAAAGUAUGCUAGGGCUCAGAAGGUAGAUGAGGCUAUUACACAUUUAAUUAACAUAUCUCUGAAUCUCGCUGCCUUCAAUGGUUUGCUGAGCGCUUUAUGCAAGUCCAAGAAUGUAAGGAAGGCUCAAGAGAUCUUUGACCGUACAAAGGAUAGAUUUGUUCCAGACUCAAAAACUUACAGCAUAUUGCUUGAAGGAUGAAAGGCUCCGAAUCUUCCAAAAGCAAGAGAGAUUUUCAGAGAAAUGGUUGACGUGGGAUGCAACCCUGAUGUAGUCACCUAUGGCAUAAUGGUUGACAUUCUUUGUAAAGCAGGAAGAGUUGAUGAAGCUGUUGAGGUUGUUAAGGAUAUGGAUGCCAACAAUUGCAGGCCAACAUCUUUCAUUUAUAGUGUUCUGGUUCAUACAUAUGGGGUUGAACUUCGGAUUGAAGAUGCUAUUGGUACAUUCCUAGACAUGGAAAGGAAUGGAGUUAAGGCAGAUAUUGUGGUUUAUAAUGCCUUAAUCAGUGCUUUUUGUAAAGUAAACAAAUUUAAGAACGUUUAUAGAGUCUUAAAUGAAAUGGAAUCCAAGGGUAUCACUCCUAAUUCAAGGACCUAUAACAUAAUCAUAAGUAGCUUGAUAGGUAAUGAUCAGAGUGAUGAGGCUUAUAGUGUCUUUCGCAGGAUGAUUAAGUCUUGUGAACCAGAUGCUGAUACUUAUACAAUGAUGAUAAAAAUGUUUUGUGAGGGAAAUGAUUUGGAGAGGGCUCUUAAAAUAUGGAGAUAUAUGAAACGAAAACGGUUUGUCCCAAGCAUGCACACUUUUUCAGUCCUUAUAAAUGGGUUGUGUGAGAAGGGCAAUGUUACAAAAGCUUGCGUUUUGUUGGAAGAUAUGAUAGAGAAGGGAAUUCGGCCCUCAGGUGUCACAUUUGGGAAGCUAAGACAGUUGCUUAUUAAGGAAGGGAGAGAGGAUGUGCUCCAAUUUCUUCAAGAGAAGAUGAAUCUUCUUGUCAAGGAGCCACUUUUUGAUUAA